AUGCCACCACCACCACCACCGAUUUUAUUCCCAUUUGCUGAUGAAGAAGAGAUUAGCGAGGCAGUUGCUCAAUUUGUCUUUGAAGCACAAGAGGCUGCUUUUCAACGACAAAGUCGGUUUAGGAUUGCCCUUAGUGGCGGAUCGUUAUCACAAAUCGUUGGAGCUGGAAUUGUUACUGAUGAUCGCAUGCAAUGGGAGCAUUGGGAGGUAUUCUUUGUGGAUGAAGCCCUUGUAUCGAUUCAUUCACCCGAGUCAACGUUCUGUCAAUUUCAUGAAGCUAUAUUGAAACAUGUACCGAUUCCGAUCGAACAAGUACAUACUAUCAAUCGAUUAUCAGAAGCUCAAAUUGAAGAAGCGAUUAAAACGAUUGAUGGAUCUGAUCGAAUGACCGAUGAACUUGCUGAUAUAUAUGAACAAGAUUUAUUGAAAGUGUUUCCAGAAGCAGAUAUGGAAGCAGAAGAUGAAAGUCAAUUGAUCAAACCCAAGUUUGAUUUAGUUUUACUAGCAUUAGGACAAGAUGGACAUAUCGGAAGUCUUUUACCAAACCAUCCAUUAUUAGGUGAAUCGAAUUGGUAUGUAGCAUGGUUAGGAGAUUCACCCAUUCAACCUAGUCAUCGAAUCACUUUUACUUUACCUUUAUUAAAUUCAUCACAUCAGAUUGGAUUGAUUGGGAUUGGAGAAGAUCGAUCGAUCGUUCUGGCUGAUGCAUUGAAUCGGAGUAUUGAAUCGGAUGUACCUAUGGAAGAAGAUCGAAUUAAUCCGGCUGCUUUGUUGAAAACUGAUAAACGUCCAAUCGUUUGGUUUGUGGACGCUGCUGCUUGUCAACUGAGUCAGUAUCCUCAAUCUAGGUUUUGGGAUGAAGAAGAAGAAGAAGCGGAAGUUCCUUGUUAA